AUGUGCCAGCAGAGCUGUUUAUUUCUGCUGCUUUCUCCUCAUUUGAGUUUUUUGCACUUUCAUGUUGGCUUCAUUUUUCAGAGGACAGCUGGUGACAGUUCUUGUGUCUCUGCAGACAACAUCUGGACAGACCAGAACCUGCUGUUGGACCCAGACCUUCCCUCUGGCUGGAGAACCAUCAAGGACUCCACAGGAACCUACUACUGGCAUGUUCCCACCGGUGCCACCCAGUGGCAGCACCCAGCACUAAGCAGGACGCCACAAGCACUCGACACACAGCAGGAGGAGGCUGGAUCGCAGCCCACCAGCAGACAGACGGUUGAACCACCUGAGGACAGGUCUUCCUGGCAUGAAGAUUAUCUCACCAACCACGAUCCCGACUCCAAGUGCUUUGCAGUGCGUUCUCUCGGCUGGCUGCAGGUGGAGGAGGAGGACCUGUCUCCCGGUCGCAGCAGUCUCGCUGUCAGUAACGUCAUCCAGCAGCUGUCUCACUGCAACAGUCCCGAGCAGAGAGACAGGAUGGGGGCCUGGGGGGAGGGUCGGGAGAUGAUGCUGGUUCUGAAGAAAGACACUCUGACCCUGUUGGACCCUUUAGACCACACCCCCCUCCACUGUCAGCCAAUCAUCAACAUCCGUGUGUGGGGGGUGGGCUGCAACAACGGCAGGGACUUUGCCUUCGUAGCUGGAGAUAAGGACAGCUGUGUGUUGAAGUGUCACGUGUUUCGUUGUGACGCUCCGGCGAAGGCCAUCGCCACAGCGCUGCACGAGAUGUGCUCCAAGAUGAUGUCAGAGAAGGCGCUGAUGAGGCCGUCUCGCUCUCUGACGAUGGAGAGCAUCUCACCUGAGGACCUGCCCAGACAAGUGGAGUUUCUAGAGGCGGUGCGGCAGCAGGUCCAGAAGUUCGAGGUCGAGUACAUCGGUAACCUGCCGGUGUCCCGAGCCAUGGGUAUGGAGGUGUUGAACAGAGCGAUCGAAAGCAUCAUGAACUCUACAGACAGAGACGACUGGGAGCCAAUCGUCAUCCACGUGACUGAUAACAUCCUGUCUCUGUGGAAGGGACAGGAGGGGGAGGAGCCUUUCUGGGAGUGUCAGGUGCGUUUCCUCACUUUUCUGGGCGUCGGCCACGACAGCCACACCUUCGCUGUGAUCGUAGACGGCGGCACGCAGCGCUUCGAGUGUCACGUGUUCUGGUGUGAACCGGACGCUGGGAUCCUCUCUGAGGCCGUUCAGGCUGCAUGUAUGGUUCAGUAUCAGAAGUGUUUAGUGGCUCAGACUCCUCCUCCGAGGACCAAGUCGUGGCACGCGACCCCAUCAAAGGUCAAACGGGCCAACUCCAUGGACGGCGCCGCCUUUCCUCCCCUCACAUCCCGUCUCCAUGGCAGCGGAAGCACCUCCAUGAUGCCAAGGAUCACCAAGGGCAACGGCAGCAGUGGCAACGUGAGGAAGGGCAUGAUGGCCUUCUUCGAAACCUUACGCAACAAACAGGCCGCCACGUCAUAAUGACGGGGGCGGGACCACCAGAGCCGCCUGUCAGCAGAUGCUGGUCAAUCCUCCGCGAUGGAGAACCUGAAUGUCUCACGGGCUAAACUGCGUUUGUGGCUCUGGUGGUCCGACCGGCUGAUUCUGCUGCCUUCACAUCACCAGCGACGAGACGGACGCCGCGUCUCUUUCUGUUGACCUGUUUGAACCUGUCGUCACGACGUUAGUUUCACCUGUCGGUGGUUACAGCUGUCGCUCGGUGACGGCUAAUGUGGAUUCUCUUGUUAACUCGACAUUAAACAGGAUGAUAAACACCUGCUGCAAAAAAAAACACCAACAUCAGACUCAGAUCCUGAUUAUCAACAGAAGACAGUUCAGACCUCCAUCAACCAAUCGUCUUCUUCAUGACGGCAGAGUUCUCAAACAAACGUGUUCCGUGUUUCUACCUGAUCUGAAUUAGACUUUCUCACAGAGGACAUGUUGACAUGUGACGACAGAAUAAUAAAAUGUUUAAGUUUCAGGGUCCUGGUAAAGCACAUUCUGGCUCACUGUCACACUGUCAUGGUUUAUGGGGACAAUGUUAACGUUACCUGAGCUUCCCCUGCUAUGACAAGUCAAAAUGUCCGCUGUGAAAAAGAUCUACAGCCACAAUAUUUCAUGUUUUAAAUGCUGGUGUGACAAACCUAAAGAGGCAAAUCACCAGCAAACUCAACUCAACUAACCCAACUAAAAUAUAGAAACUGUGAUUUCACAUUAAUAGGUUGCAAUUGAGAGCGCGUGACAGCUUGAAAUAAUUGUUGAAAUAGUUAAAAAAAUAAAUGAAAAGUUUAGAUAAUUAGCUAAAAGUAAUGGACAAACAGUUGUAUGUUAGUUAUAUGAAAAUAUAUUGUAACAAUGUCCACAUUUAGAUCAUAAAUAGUGCUAAAUAACAUCCAGUUUGUAUUCCAAUCAUAUCAUAUAAGCCCAUAUUUGAGUGGAUGAACGGGUCGAGCCGAUCUGACAGAGCUGCGAGGGAACGUCUAGCAGCUCCAGUUUAGGAGAGAAGUCAACUACAUUUCCCAGAAUGCUUUGCUGUCAGAAACAUUGUUACAAACAUCGUUUCCUGGAAGUGUUCUGAGUAAUUUUCAGGUACUUAACAGCUAAUUCUUACAGAGAGGGUGGUGCAAUUUGUGAAUUAUUAGAAAAAACAGAAAAAAAGUGUUGAAUUGGUUAAGUUGGUUGGUUCAGAUUUGCUAUAUUGAGGUCAUAUUCUGUCUCUUUGACAGAAAAUACUCAGUGAGAAGUUUUGUGUCAAACUCAUAUUAGCAUGUUAGGUUGUUUCUGAAAAACUCUACAAUGAGCACAUUUCCUGUAAAUCUCCUAAGAAUUAAUACCUGUAAAUUACUCAGAGAAUUUCUGGAGAAUAAGUAUAAAACAAAGGGAUCUGUAGGAUAGAACAUCCAAUCAGAGAGCUUCAGUCUCUGUUGCUAUGCGGCUGAAGGCAGACUGAAGAUAAAAAGUUAUAAUGAGAAUAUUCUAGAACGCUGAUGUCACAGCAGCAGCAGCAGAGGCUCAUGGGUAGUGUAGUCCAUGAACACGUUCAACAGAGCAAACUGAGGGAACAUUUCUUCUUCUUCUCCUGAAACUCUGACUUUUCUCUGUCAGGUUUGUUGCAACAAGCUCGUAAUAAAACUGAAAUUACAACUUAAUAAAAAGAAUUAAAGCCUUUUAGAGGUUUAAAUUAAAGGAGAAGUUUUCACAAUAGAUAAUGCAUUAAAAUACACUUAUUAUAAUUCUAUUAAUUAACCAUUAAUUCACUACGAAAGUUAAGAUGAACUCCUGAAUUUUCACCUUUAUUAUUUAUUAGAUAUUAAGUGACUGUUUUCAACUUUUAAGGGUUUUUUUCUCCACAAAAAACCCUUAAAGUGUACAGAAAGCCAAUUUAAAUUACCUUAUUACAUAUGACAUUACAUUAAUUUAUCCAUUAGUUAUCCCCUUCAAAUCCUAUUAAAAGUAACACCAUGGUUUAAAGGGUUUUUAAGACUUAAAAAACUGUAAUUAAGGUUCAUUUAUCAUAAUUCAUCAAAUUAAUUCACUUUGCAAACUCAGAUAAUCUCAGUCCAUUAAUUUAUUGAUGAAUCUUCCCUUUAAAUACCUUAAUUGCAUGGUUAAUAGGUAAAUUGGUGGUGUUUUAAGGUUGAGGGAGAUGUUGAACAUGACACUGAUCUGCUGUUCUGGUUUCAGCCUGAAGAACAUCACCUGUUCAUGAGGACGUUUCACCAUCGACGUCAUCGACACCCCUAAAGUGUUCGUAUAAGGCGACCUGUCGCGCUCCGUUUGUGGACGAGUUUCAUUCACAAGAGAGUUCCCGAAGCGUGAAAAGGACAAAUCAGAAACCAGCAGACACAUUUAUCAGUGUCACUAGUCGUGUUAGAGCAGCUGAAACAACGAGUCCAGCUGCCAGUUUAAUCAAAAGCCUUUAAUAUUAUUGACGGCAGCACGUUUCUGUCAGCAACAAACUGCAGAUUUGGAGGUUAAAGGAAACUUUUUAUAAAUAUUAAUCUAUUAACAGACAAUAUUACACGACCAGUUCUCAGUGUUUGCACUGCUUACAGUUGGACAUGGUGGAAAAAACCACUUUCAUUUUACUCAUGAAAGCAGAAAAAGGUGAUUUCACUGCAUCCAGACAACGUUAGACUCCUAGAAAUGACCUUCAGAUACGCUAAACUGUUUUCCAGCGACGUUGUGUCGACAAACCUAAUCUCUGCCUGGAUGAUGGUCACAGGAAACGUUUUUUCAAUGAAUUAGGCGCCGACAUGUUGAGCUUCAAGUCACUACACGCCCCCCGCUACCUCAGACUCAAGCUAACGCUAGCUUACUGGGAACACCGAGCGCUGCACACCUGGGCUAACGUUAGCUAACUAACAUCGCAGGUAUUGCAAUAAAGUAAUAUUGAACUUAUUGGAGCCAAUCACAGCUGUCAAUCACAGCUGUCCAUCAACGCCCACA